AUGAAGUUACUGUGGUUUGGUGUGAUACUGCUGCUGCUGACACUCAGUAAAAUUUAUGCUAAAGAACAAUGUAAUGCAAUUUUUGUUCGAUGGUUACGAGUUAAAUUAGUGUUUGGUUCACGAGCCGAGGGACCAUAUUCACUAAAUGCAUGCAGAAAUGCAUGUACUAAUGAGGAAGAUUUGAUCAGAAGUAAUACCGAACUACAGUGCUCUGGGAUUCUGUUUUAUUUCAGCUUCAACUACAGACCGGGUACCAGUCCUCAGACACAUCAUUGUCAACUGUAUCAAGCUGAUCAACUGCAACACAUUGAUGGUUUUGUGGAAGCUGAUGAUCGUUAUUCAUUCUAUUGGAAGUAUUGUGUUAAAUCUGAACGAACAUGUUCCGGUGAUUAUGCAUUCACAUACUUACCCGAUCGUUAUAUGGAUGCCCGUGAAAUUAAUAAAUUAAUUUUUACCAGUACAUUGGAGGACUGUUUAUCGGCAUGUUUGGAUGAGAAGAAAUUUUCAUGUCGAAGUGUUUCGUUUAAUCGAACAGAUGGUGGAUGUCAUUUGUCACAGCAAAAUCAACUCAGUAAACCGUCUAGAAUGCGUAUGAACUAUAAUCCAAACUAUCGAAUUGACUAUUACGAAAAUAACUGCUUCAACAUUACAGAUUCUUUUUCCUUCAACUAUGAAUGCAAAGACGGUGGCGUCUUGGUAAAAGUUGAUUCCAAAUAUCCAUAUACUGGUGCUAUGUAUGGCUUAUAUGAUUUCUUCCCCUGCCGUAUUGAACCAAAAGAAGCAAAACAUUUUGAAUAUUUCUUCCCGUCACCAACUGUGUCCAAAAAUUGCAGCGACAGUAUACGAUAUAAAGGUAAUGAUAUGGUGCUAGAAAUUGUGCUUUCAACGGAUGGUGUUGAACCGCUGUACUUCAUAACACCCGAUGAUCUCACUUAUCAAACCCGUUGUCCGCUGCAAGAUGUAAAACAGCUUGGUACCAGCAUCGAUCUACUCCCCAACCAUAAAAAGUUUUCAAUUCAUGUUACGUCGCCAAAAACUCCUUCAAAAGACGCUUUAAUCGAACAAUUGUCAAAGGCAACCAAAGAAACAUUUCCACUUUCCGAUGCUUUUCUAACUCCAAAAACAACAACUACAUUAGCUACAACUCUUGCUACAAUCUUGACCACCGUCAACGGCACCGCUCAAUUAACAACUGUUAGUGAAGUAGGCAAAGCUCAGUACGACGCCACACAAGAAAUUACAUCGACAACGCCCGAUCGUCAGACUGUCACCACAGCUGCGACAGUACCCACUCCCAACCCAGAACAUACUGCGGCAUCAAUAUCUACACCUGGAAUAACACGUACCAAGCAAACCGUAACAGCAGCAACUGUCGAAGAUACUACAAGUGCCGUUUUUACAACGACCACAGUUGAGAAAACGACUACAGCUGCCGCAACCACUGCAACUACAACAACAACAACAACAACUGAGCCAUCAACAGUGGUAACCCAGCCAAGAACGACAGCAACAACGACAACAACAAUGUUUGAACCAUCAACGACAACUGCUGAACUACUAACAACACAACAACUAAGAACGACCACUCAACAACUACCAGUAACUACAGGACAAUCCAAAAGACCUAAUGAACCACCUAAAAAAAGUAUUGAACAGUCAACAGCAACCACUUCAGCAACAACUGCAGGAAUUCCGGUAGUGACAAAAGACAGCAAGACGCAAAAAUCGUUGCCCCCACCAGAGAGACCUGUUGAACCGAUCAGGAGAACACCUAAAGAACCAGUCACUUUUGACAUAUUUCACAACGGGCAACCAGUUGAGGCUGUAGUCGUCGGAAGCCGCAUCACUUUAAGCUUUACUCCUUUCUACGCUAUACCACCAGCCUACAUGACAAUAUCUGGUUGCCAAGUGGAGCCCAUUGGGUCACUGUACGAAUGGGAACGUGAACCAUUAGCGAUCAUAAAAGACGGGUGUCAAGCUGACCAUGUUGGUUUAGUGUGUCCUCCUCAAAGAACCGAUUAUGGUGUUCGCGUGACUGUAGAAUCGUUCCGGUAUCAGACAACAGCACAAGUUCAAUAUUCCUGCCUAGUUCGGAUAUGUCCAUUUGCUCCUUGUCCUGUGAACACCUGCCCCAGCGUUGACGGAUGUUCCACUAACGACCUCUUAACUCGCGCAUUUGGCUUCUUGCGGAAAAAGCGGCACCUGACUAUUGAAGAUAUCAGAGCUGCAUUAGCUGCCAAUCCAGACCUUCAGCGUCAAAUUCGGCUGACCAACCAUAUCGGGACACAGGGGCGCACCAGCUCAGAAACACAACAGCAGCUAAUAGCGCUUGGAGGCGACCAUAUCGUUAAGAAACGUCUAGUCGUUGUCAACUCAGAAGACCAACUGCGGUACUACGUGCGGACUGGAGACGUCUCUGACGCCAAAUAG